AUGGCGACAAAUUCUAUUAAGUUACUCACGGGUAACAGUCAUCCUCAGUUGGCGAAGUUGGUUGCUGAUAGAUUGGGCAUUGAGCUUGCAAAGACUAUGAGCUUGAACUACUCAAAUCAAGAGACCAGCGUCACAGUAGGAGAGAGUGUCAGAGAUGAAGAUGUCUUCAUCCUCCAAUCCACCGCACCCGGCGAUAUCAAUGAUGGACUCAUGGAACUUCUCAUCAUGAUCAAUGCUUGCAAAACCGCCUCCGCACGUCGCAUUACAGCUGUCAUCCCCAACUUCCCUUACGCACGUCAAGAUAAGAAAGAUAAAUCCCGCGCUCCCAUCUCUGCGAAACUUAUUGCAAACAUGUUGCAAACGGCUGGCUGUAAUCAUGUUAUUACUAUGGAUUUACAUGCAAGUCAAAUUCAAGGGUUCUUUAAUGUCCCAGUCGAUAAUUUGUAUGCGGAACCAAGUACUUUGAGAUGGAUCAGAGAGAACUUGGAGGUUAGCAAGUGUGUGGUUGUUAGUCCGGAUGCCGGUGGUGCUAAGAGAGCAACCUCCAUCGCCGACCGUCUUGACCUCGGCUUUGCCCUUAUUCACAAAGAGCGCGCUCGUCCUAACGAAGUAUCCCGCAUGGUCCUUGUCGGUGACGUCGUAGACAAAAUUGCCAUUCUCGUAGACGACAUGGCCGAUACCUGCGGCACCCUCGUCAAAGCCGCCGAAACCGUCAUGGAACACGGCGCCAAGGAAGUAGUCGCUAUCGUAACUCACGGAAUCCUGAGCGGAGCAGCAAUCGAAACAUUAAACAAGAGUAAAUUGAGCAGAGUCGUUGUUACAAACACAGUUCCUCUAAAAGGAAAGGAGGAGACUUGUGGAAGAUUGAGAGUUAUGGAUAUCAGUGCGACGUUGGCUGAGGCAAUUAGGAGGACGCAUAAUGGAGAGAGUGUGAGCUUUUUGUUCACUCACGCACCUAUGGAUUAA